UUAUAGCCGUUGCCCCUCUCACGCUCCUCUCUCCUUUCAGCUGCUCGCGCCUCACUCUUUCUUGACCAUCUGAAGUCUCUCAUGGGUCCUUCAACGGCUUUAUCGCAUCUGUUGCUCUCUCUCUGCAAAACCCUAAUUUGCUUGGAAUGAACCACUUCUGAAUUCCUCGUUUUCAAGUUGAAUUUACCGUACUGCUUUUUCACUCGAUAAGUAAACAAGAAAAUGUCAGACGUCGAUCCGUCCAAGAAAGUGGCCGAUAGGUAUCUCAAGCGCGAAGUUCUCGGUGAAGGUACCUAUGGAGUAGUAUACAAAGCUAUUGAUACCCAGACAGGACAGACAGUUGCAAUUAAGAAAAUCCGGCUCGGCAAGCAGAAGGAAGGGGUGAAUUUUACAGCCCUUAGAGAGACUAAAAUACUUAAAGAGCUCAAAGAUCCAAAUAUUAUUGAGUUAAUUGAUGCCUUCCCGCACAAAGGCAAUUUGCAUCUUGUCUUUGAAUUCAUGGAGACAGAUCUUGAAGCUGUUAUAAGAGACCGGAAUAUUUUUCUUUCACCAGCUGAUAUAAAAUCUUACCUUCAAAUGACUCUGCAAGGUCUUGCUUAUUGCCACAAGAAAUGGGUUUUGCAUAGGGAUAUGAAACCAAACAACUUGCUGAUUGGAUCUAAUGGACAGCUGAAACUUGCAGAUUUUGGUUUAGCUCGAAUCUUUGGGAGCCCAGACCGAAGAUACACUCAUCAGGUGUUUGCUCGGUGGUAUAGAGCACCUGAGCUGCUAUUUGGUACCAAGCAAUAUGGUUCAGGGGUAGAUGUUUGGGCAGCAGCUUGUAUAUUUGCUGAACUUCUUCUUCGUCGACCCUUUUUGCAGGGGUCAAGUGAUAUUGAUCAAUUAGGUAAGAUUUUUGCAGCAUUUGGAACGCCAACUCCUUCUCAGUGGCCGGAUAUGGUAUACCUUCCUGACUAUGUUGAAUACCAACAUGUUCCUGCCCCCCCUUUUCGUUCUCUAUUUCCAAUGGCAAGUGAUGAUGCUUUAGAUCUGCUGUCAAAGAUGUUUACAUUUGAUCCAAAAGCUAGAAUUUCAGCUGUGCAGGCAUUAGAGCACAGGUACUUUUCCUCAGCACCUCUGCCCACAGAACCAUGCAAACUUCCUAGACCUGCCCCUAAAAAGGAAUCUAGGGUUUCUGAUUCCAAUCCACAUGAGGGUCCAACUGUACUAUCACCUCCAAGAAAGUCUCGGAGAGUGAUGCCAGGACGUGAUAGAUUUGAAGAAAAUUCAUUGCGAGGAGACAGUGUUGGUAACUUCAGGCAGCCUGCUGGUGAUAAUACAGGAAAGAAUGAACCAGCACCAAUGUCAAUAGAUUUUUCUAUCUUUGGAUUAAAAUCUCCAAAUAGACCUACAAUUAACAGUGCUGACAGAUCACAUUUGAAGAGAAAAUUAGAUCUAGAAUUCCAGCAGCCAGAAUGAAUAUUCUGACUGGAGCUGUUUAUGCGAGGGACACAACCGGGGAAGUCUAGUGGAUAGUUGGACGCUUAAAAGGUGUCCCAUGGUGUUCCCGGCCAAAGCUACUUUGGAUUUGUAGAUGUUCAAAGGAAGAAGUAGCAGCGGCCGUAUAUUGACUUCGUACUUGAUUUCAGUCCUGACACCUAAAAUUGAUGUUACAGGAAAAAAAAAAUUAAAAGUUAGAUGCAGUACACUUGGGCUCUCCUUCUUCUUCUUU